AUGCAGAAUAACAUUGGUGUUAUUAAACAGACCAGAAAACUAGAACAUCAGAGGACCAGCUCAUCAGAGGACCAGAACAUCAGAGGACCAGAACAUCAGAGGACCAGAACAUCAGAGGACCAGAACAUCAGAGGACUAGAACAUCAGGGAACCAGAAUAUCAGAGGACCAGAACAUCAGAGGACCAGAACAUCAGGGGACCAGAACAUCAGGGGACCAGAUCAUCAGAGGACCAGAACAUCAGAGGACCAGCACAUCAGAGGACCAGAACAUCAGGGGACCAGAUCAUCAGAGGACCAGAACAUCAGAGGACCAGAACAUCAGAGGACCAGAACAUCAGAGGACCAGAACAUCAGACGACUAG